AUGAGCGACUUUGACGAACUGUUCUCAUCUGAUCCCUUGGAACAAGAAAAUCAGGAAUUCCUUGACUCGGACCUUGCUAAACUUCAAAAAGUCGGAACUACAGUCUAUCGGGAAGUUUGGACAGAGUUCUACAAAUGGGAGCCCGAUUAUUGUCAGCAACGAAUCGAUUCGUUAGCGGACGAUGAGUCUGCUGCAUGGGUGGUCACCACAAAACUGUCAGAAAUGAUCGAUCACAAUGAACCACAGGUCCUGGACAAUGAAAUGGACAUGGAUAGUCCCAGCUGUGUCUUUGCCCGUGCUAAUCCGGAUGGGACAUUUACAGAGUCCCGGAUCCCUUUGGAGGAGAUCUUCGUCGAAUAUUUUGAGCCUCAUCCGAACUAUGAAUCCUGUCUGCCAACUAAUAAAUCCUUUGCCUGCGGUCGUGGCUCCUUUAAUUUACCUUUCAUUCCUUAUGAGGAUGAACCUGAAUUUGAUGUCAAGGAAUUUUUGAAGGGUAUUGACAGUUUUCAUUGGGAAUCAGAUCAUGAAGACCCAGACAUACAACUGAUCGAUCUCGAGACCGCCCGUCGAAUGCAUUACGUUUAUGAUAUAUCUCUGGCAGACAUAGACCGCUCAAAGAUCUUGCCACGGCUUCGCGAAAGCGACACAUUUGGCUUGUUGUGGGAAGCGUCGCAGCGGGAUCUCAUACACUGGCCAGGGGCUGCCUUCAAUGAACAUGAAGAAUUACCUACUUCAUAUGCGCCUGCCUCCGAUGAUUUGCGCGGCCGCUUGAACUCGAUCCUUCCUAUAUUUUGUCCGAAUCUCAACUGUAUGCAAGCGAAAUGUCCUACGCAUGAAUGUCUGUAUCCUGUUUAUGAUGCAGAGAAGCCAAAGGUGACUAGCAUUAGUAUGCUCCUCAGCGAAGGGGAUCCGUGUGGUGAAGAGUGCUUUCGUUAUCAUGUGGAUGAUUCUUACGCGGAUACUGUUAAUUGGGAAGGCCCAGACAGCGACAUAUUGGCAGUCAUCCUUGCAACAACAGCUGAUUUAUUCCCUUGUUUACUGGCCAUUUUGUGCCACAAGCCCUGUCGUGAAGUUUUUGUCAUGCGAUCACGUCUCUUCCCAGACCAUAGGAUCCAGGAUGUAGUCGAUGAACCUAUCGAGAGGCUUAGAAAGAAGAAGUUUUUCAGUAAGCCCCGCUUUUUCAACUGUAGAGAAGCUUUUGUGACAAAAGUCACCACACAGAGGAUGCAGCAAAACUGGGCAGCUCGAAUGUCAAUCCAUAUGUCCCAGUUCCGCCGUGCCAUCAUAAAGGACCAUGCGACAGUCGAUCGUGUCAUUGCUAUGAGAAUUCUCUGCAUUGUUCGCGUAAUUGUCGGUGCGACCUUAGCUGCCAGCGUCGAUGGAAAGGGUGCACGUGUCAUAGAGGAACGAAGUCUUGCCAAAAGGACACCUGCAAAUGCUUAA